AUGAGUGCUUACAACCCACCCAGACUUGUGACUUUGGCAGCAAUGAGCCUAGUGAGAGAUGAGGCCUUGGCCAUCUCCUCUUUGGAGUAUCUGCCCAUGGAGCUCUACCCACCACUAUUCAUGGCCGCCUUCUCUGGCAGACACAGUGAGACCCUGAAGGCCAUGGUGCAAGCUUGGCCCUUUGCCCGCCUGCCUCUAGGAGGCCUGAUGCAGAAGCCUCACCAAGGAACCAUACAAGCAGUGCUGGGUGGUCUUGAUGUCCUGUUGGCCCAGAAGGUUCACCCCAGGAGAUGCAAACUGCAGGUGCUGGACUUGAGAAAUACUGGCCAGGACUUCUGGAACAUAUGGUCUGGAGACAUGGACCAUGUGUCUGCAACCUCACUUAUGGCACCAGUGGCUAAGGACAUGUCAAGGACAAAGCACCCAUUGACUCCCUUGGUGGAGGUAGAAUUGAGUCUCACCCAGGAGCUGUCCACCCUGGCCAAGUUUGCUUCUCUCCUGGGCAAGAUGAGAAAUGUUCAGAGACUCCUUCUCUCCCCGAUUCAUGGGUCUGUUGCUGAGGAACAGGACCAUCAGGCUCUUGUGCAAUUUACCUCUCAGAUCCUCAGGCUGCAGUACCUCCAGGAUCUCCGUAUGGAAGGUCCAGCUUUCCUCGAAGGCCGCCUGAACCAAAUGCUCAGAUGUCUGAAGACCUCCUUGUACAACAUCUCAAUAACCAACUGCCUGCUUACAGAAUCAGACUUGAUUCAUCUGUCCCAGUGUAGGAACAUCUGUCAGCUAAAGGGCCUAAAUCUGAACGGUGUUACCUUGACCAACUUUCGUCCUGAGCUCCUCCAAGUUCUGCUGGAGAAAGUUGCAGGCACUCUUGAAGAGCUGGACUUAAACCUGUGUGGGAUCAUGGACUCCCACCUUAUGGCCAUCCUUCCUGUCCUGAGCAGCUGCUCCCAACUCAGGGUCCUCAGCAUAUGUGGGAACCUCAUCUCCAUGGCUGUCCUGGAGCGUCUCCUGCGUCAUACUGAUGGGUUGUCUGAUUUAAGUCUAGAGCUUUAUCCUGCCCCUCGGGAGAGUUACAGUUCUCUGGGUAUUCUUCACCAGGAGAGACUUGCCCAGCUAAAAGCUGAGCUUUGGGAGAUCCUUACAGACUUAGGACGUCCCAGGAAGAUUUGGGUUAGCCCCAGCCCCUGUCCUCACUGUGGUGAUGACAUGUGUAAUCACUUGAGUCCCAAUGCGUAA